AUGACUGAUAUCACCAUACAGGAUGGCGAGCUCGCAAAGCUACCAGACAAAGUCGUCAUCAUCACAGCUCGUAAGGUCCAUGGAAGAGUGGACCAUGUGUUUGCCAAUGUGGGCGUUGGGCCUCGCGCAGAUGGCCUUUCGAUGACAGUUGAUGCCACUGGCGACCUCGUCGAGGCUACUUUAGUCAUUGUAGACAUGAACUUCAAGGCUGCCAUCUACACUGCCACAAUUGCGGUAUACUAUAUGCGCGACGGCCAAGCAUGGAAACCUGUGGUUUGCAAGAGGUCUUCACUAACGGCUAAACUUCCACGAGCUGCCUAUCCGCGUGAAUUUGUUUGCCCCUUCGUGGGCCAAGACUGGCUUCAUGUCCUACCCUUCAUGCAGAGCAUUGGGGUUGAGCCACAGAAACCGAUUGUCAUCGCCAAGGGCGCUACUUUCCUCAUGGCCAAUGAGUCGUGA